AUGUUCCGGAGUUUCAUGGCUAUUGUGGACGCGGUGCUGUUACGCUGCACUGCAAUUAAGGUGAAGAGCUUCCUCUUUUAUGCCCAUCGUCUCGACUGCCUUAUCGAGUCAAGUCAUACAGGCUGGCUCCGCUCUGUUGCGGGGCCAACCAUUGAUAGGUGGCUUCGCUUCGCCGUGGAACACGACGUCGAAGAGGUAUCGAUGACCUUGCGCAACGACAAUUUUUAUGGGAUACCGAAAUUCUUUUUCUGCUGCACCACGCUGGUGAGUUUUCACGUAUCCCGUUGCCGUUUUUCAACUAUGGGCGCUGUGAAUUGGUCUUCGUUGAAGAGACUGCGCAUUGAUGAUGCGAAAUUGGAGGACAAUGUGAUAAUGAGAAUUUUGAAAGGCUGUCCUGUUCUAGAGUUCUUUGAGUUGAAAGGCUGCUGGGGUUUCGAGCACAUUAAAAUUGAAUCAAGAGGUUUGAGAGAAUUGGUGAUUCAUUUUCCCAAGUUUGUUCAUCAUCAAGAUUCCAUCUUGAGCCUUCCCAGAGGAAACAUUGACACCUUACCAGAAGAUUCCAUCUUGAAAAUUUCUGCUCCUCAUCUUCUCAAGUUGCGCAUACUGGGUAAUUCCGUGAAGGGAAAGUUUAAAGUAGAUAAACUUUCUUCCUUGAUUGAGGUCGAGUUAAAUUUCGAUAUAGAAACUCAUGCAACCAGUCAACUUCAGGCUCACUGCAAUCUUGUCAAGGGACUUCUCCAGAGUAUGUUUCAGGUCGCGAAAUUGGUAAUGGGGAGCUGGUGUCUUCAGGAGCGAGCUAAUUCAUUUAAUUAUGAGCUCUGUUGUUGUGGACAUUCAUUACAGAUUCUGCCAUUUGCUUAA